GAAGGAUGAAAGUUUUGACAAGUUCAGCUAGUAGUCUACUGUCUUCUUUGUUCCAAACACGUUGGAAAGUAACAAGAUGCUUUGGUUCUUUUCGACAAGUACAAAACGGUGAUAAGGACUAUGGAAUAGAUGAAAGGAAGCAACUGUUUCAGAAUUGUCUCAUUCCUAUCGGAGCACUAACUUCCAAACCCUAUGCCUUUACAGCAAGAUCUUGGGAACUCAAGUCAACCUCCUCAGUGGACGUUUUAGAUGGAGUGGGUUCUAAUAUUCGCGUGGACACUCGAGGUUAUGAAGUUAUGAGAAUCCUUCCUGUAUUAAACGAAAACGUUAAUGAAGAGUGGAUUUCAGAUAAAACUAGAUUCUCUUAUGAUGGCCUGAAAAGACAACGUUUGAGUGUCCCUUUCAUUCGUUUAGAUCAAGGACAACUGGUACCUACCACUUGGGAAAAAGCACGAGCUAUUUUGAAGAACGAAAUCAUAAGAUUAGAAAGAGAAUAUGUUGACAAGGGUGGAUUUGAAGCUCAAGCCGUUAUUGGUCCUCAAGUAGAAGUAGAGGCCUUGUUGCAGUUCCGAAGGCAGUUUCUUUAUUGGUUUCCGGGUGGUUCGAUUCAUCUCCAAGAAAGAAGAGGAGCAGUGCCGCAUACAGACUUCAGAGAAGAUUAUCUACUCAACUCAACUUUACCUGGUAUUGAAACAGCCGAUGUAAUUUUGUUGGUUGGAACGAAUCCGCGAACUGAAGCUCCUCUUUUAAACACUCGUAUUCGUAAGGCUGUGUUGUAUAAUCAAGCUCUGGUUGCGUCUGUUGGGUGUUAUGAAAAUCUGACUUAUCCAGUCGAGCAUUUGGGAAUUUCUCCAAAAACUCUUCGAGAGAUUGCUGAAGGAAGACAUUCAUUUUGUGUACAGCUUGCUCUUGCAAAGAGGCCAGCUAUUCUUGUUGGUAAUCGAGCACUUCAAAGAGAUGAUGGUGAAAAUAUAUAUCAAAUGGUUAAACAUAUUGCAGAAUAUAGUCAUAUGAUAAGAGAGGAUUGGAAUGGAUUCAACGUAGUGCAUACUGGAGCAAAUACAGUGGGAGCUUUGGAUAUCGGUUUUGAUUCCAAAUAUCGUGGUUUGAGAACUAUCGAUUGUGAUCGUGAGAAUCCUUGGCGACGUACCAAGUUUUUAUAUUUGCUAAAUGCGGAUGAUAUAGAUGGUCUAGAUCAGUUACCGCAGGAUUGUUUUGUUGUGUACCAAGGACAUCAUGGUGAUUAUGGUGCAUCCAUAGCUAACUUGAUACUUCCAGGUGCUGCGUACACUGAGAAGAAUGGAACCUUUGUGAAUAUGGAGGGUCGUGUUCAACAUACCAAUUUAGCUUUUAUCCCACCUUAUCAAGCAAAAGAAGAUGCAGAAAUUCUUCAUGAUUUGGUAUUCCCAGAUUUGGUUUUGGACAUUCCCCAAAUGGGAGUUGAAGUUCUUGCCCCACAUCUUUUGCGUUCCCAUCAGGUGCAAUCGGGUGAUCCUUCCGUAAGACCUCGCGAUAACAUGCUUCAAAGACAACAAGGAGAAUCGUCUACUGUGCCUUUCGGCCCUCCCAUUGAGAACUUUUAUAUGACAGAUCCUAUUACUCGCAGUUCGAAGACAAUGGCAAAAUGUACGAGAGUUCAACAGUUGUUUAAUUUCGAUGGAUAAUAAAGCAAUUUGUUGAAGUAAUUGAGAGUUUUGUCUGGUUUGCAUUAUAAUAAUAUCCUUGAUCAGGUUUUCGUUCUUUCC